AUGUCUGCAACGGCGCACCAGAAACCUGCGAAACUGACAGGCUGGGCCGCGGCUGCGGCCCGAGCUGCUCCGCCAAAAGUAAGGGAACAAAAGGAGUCCAGAGACAAAAUUACAAGUCCAAAGCAUAAAUCGUCGUCACCACAGGCGCCUACGCAGCGACGCAUCGCGACCGCUGGGGCUACUGCGCUUAAUAGCACUGCUGCAGCUGCAACCAAUCACGGACAGCCCAAAAAAACAAAACCUCCUGCGAAAUCCAAUUUUAACACCUCGCAAGUGUUACGCUACCUUCAAGACACCUACGCCUCCCAAACUGCUAGCCCUUCUACUACCAUCUAUGCCAGGCCCAAAGUUGCGUCUAAAGACCCUCACUGGGGCACCGCAGGCUCCUCAAGACACAGAUCCAAGAAAUACGCAUAUCUCAACGAAGUCGCCAGAGCGAUCCGUCAAUGA